AUGGCCGGCGAAACACGGGGAAACGCCUACGUCCUUGGCGUUGGCAUGGCGGCCUUUCUAAAGCCCCGGGCCACACGCAUGUAUACCGAGCUGGCUUUCGAAGCGGGUGUCAAAGCCAUGCUCGACGCGCACGUAACCUACGACGAUGUCGAAGCCGGUGUAGCAUGUUAUGCGUUCGGCCCUACCUGCAGUGGCCAGCGCGCGUUCUACCAGUUUGGAAUGACUGAGAUCCCCAUAUACAACGUCAACAAUGCGUGUGCAACUGGGUCCACGGGGAUCUAUAUGGCGCGGAAUCUCGUCCGCUCCGGCAUGCACGACUGUGUUCUCGUUGUCGGGUUUGAACAGAUGAACGCCGGACCGCUUGUGAGCACGGUGACGGACCGGCCAACCCCGUUCGACCUCAGUAUGAGACUGAUGGAGGCCACGAGGGGAGCUGAUAAAACACCCAAAAACCCACAGAUGUUCGGCAAUGCAGGAAGGGAGUACAUGGAGAGGUUCGGAGCAACUGCCGAUGACUUUGCUGAAAUUGCGCGGAUCUCUCACGAACAUUCCUCCCGCAACCCAUAUGCGCAGUUUCGAACCGUGUAUACACUCGACGAGAUUCGGAAUGCACCGAUGAUCUACUAUCCCAUGACAAAACUGCAGUGUUCUCCAACUUCAGAUGGCGCUGCUGCUGCGGUAAUAGUUUCACAAAGGUUUUUGGACGCUCGACCCGAGUUGAAAGAUCACGCGAUUUUGAUUGCAGGGCAAUCCAUGAAAUCGGAUAGUCCUUCCUUAUAUUCCGGCGGUGCGAUGGACAUGGUUGGCUACGAGAUGACACGCAGCGCCACGGCGGCAGCCUUGAUGGACGCAAAAGAGUCAAUACAUGAUAUCAAAGUCUGCGAGCUGCAUGACUGCUUUUCAGCAAAUGAACUGAUCUCACUUGACGCUAUGGGGUUCUCCCAGAAGGGGCAGGCUCACCAGUUGGUCCGGAGCGGCGAUAUUACUUACGGCGGUCGAGGACCCAUCAUUAACCCUUCCGGAGGUCUGAUAUCCAAGGGGCAUCCCUUGGGGGCUACAGGUCUAGCACAGUGUGCGGAGCUCGUCUGGCAACUCCGGGGUUGGGCAAAUAAUGGGCGGCUAGUCGCAAAUACUAGGGUAGCCCUCCAACACAAUAUUGGCCUUGGCGGCGCAAUUGUGGUUACAGUCUAUCGAAGGACUGAUGGCAGGACGAAUACUACUUCCCAGCCCACGGAAGGCGAGAUUGCAAAUUACAGUGGGCUAGGGUAUAACCCCGCGGUUGAAGCUCGUUAUGUUACACGGGCCCAAGCAGAAUCAGUGCGAAGUAAAUCAGCUCGCUGUGAUUAUGCGCUGGACAAGACUCUAGACCUUAUCGAAGGACGGCGAGGCAAGUUGUAA